UUUAACGGCGGCACCACACGGCUGUACAAGUCGUCAAGCGGCAUCAGCAGCACAAACAGCAGCAGCAGCAGCACAAACAGCAGCACCAGCAGCUGCAGGAUCAGCAGCAGGAUCAGCAUCAGGAUCAGCAUCAGCAUGGUCCUCUGCGCCCUGGCCAGACAGCUCUUGAGAAGCAGCAGCUGCUGUGCUCUCAUGGUCAGGUUGCAGACGUCGAGCCGCCGCCGCUGCUGCCUUUACUCCAGCACCCAGGGCUUCAACCAGGAGGAGAUCAGACAGAAGCUGCUGGCCUUCCCUGGAGGCUCCGUCGACCUGCUGAAGCAGGACUCUGGUGUGGCUGUGCUGACCAUCAACAACCCCGCUCGCAAGAACGCCUUCUCCGGCAGCAUGAUGGUGGACCUGGAGGAGAAGGUGAGCCAGCUGGAGAACUGGACUGAAGGCAAAGGCCUCGUCGUUCGGGGCGCUGCCGAGACAUUCUGCUCCGGGUCCGACCUCAACGCAGUCCGAGCGAUAUCCAGCCCCCAGGACGGGAUGAAAAUGUGCAUGUUCAUGCAGGACGCUCUCACAAGACUGCUCAGGCUGCCCCUGAUCUCUGUUGCCCUGGUGGAGGGCAGAGCCUUGGGAGGAGGCGCAGAACUCACCACCGCCUGCGAUUUUAGAUUAAUGGCAACAGGCAGCGUGAUCCAGUUUGUCCACAAACACAUGGGUCUGGUCCCAGGCUGGGGCGGCGCUGCGCGACUCGUCCGCAUCGUUGGAAACCAGAAUGCUCUCAAGCUGCUUGGCGGCGCCGUGAAAGUGGACCCCAAAAGCGGCCUGGACGUCGGACUGGCAGACGGAGUCCUGGAGGCCGACGGGGACAACCCCUUGCAGCAGGCCGAAGACUGGCUCCGUCGCUACACCGAAGGACCAGUUCCUGUGAUCCGGGCGGUGAAAAAAGUAGUGCUGGCAGGAAGAGAACUCCCCCUGCUGGAGGCUCUGCGGAUGGAGAAGGAGGUGUUUGGGACCGUGUGGGGCGCUCCAGCUAAUCUGCAAGCCUUGGCCAGCAAGUCCAAGCACAAAUAACUUGGCUCCAGCGUCCUGAGAUUUGUCCAGAUUAGCAAAAAUCAGUGUGUGCUGUUUCUGGGUUGGAUUCAGUAAGAAGAGGCUGAUUGGUGUUUGAUGUUCCCAAUCUUUGGUUCAAUGAAACCAUUUUAAAGCUCCAGUAUGUAACUUUUACAAAAAAAAAUAUAUUUUUUAUAUACUUGUUGAAACCGUCACCAUGUUGUGAAGAUAUAGUAUGAGACGGAUAGUCUGUGAAAAAAAUCGAGUUCUGUCCUUGUCCCAUUGCUAUCUAUAAACAACCAAUCAGAGCGAGGAGGCGGGUCUUGGUGCUGUCAAUCAUUGCCAUGUGCGAGCAUGUUGCGAAUGCUAAGGCUAGUUAGCUUGGCCAGCCGAUGACGGCGGUUUUCCUGAAAUGGUAAGUAUUUUCUCAACCAUUAGCACUUUUAACAGCAAGUACAUAAGGUUUGAUUGACAGCGCUAAGACCCUCCUCCUGGCUCUUGGUACUGGAGAUUGAUUCUUUUCACAGAUUAUCUGUCUCAUACUGUCACGACAUGGUGAUAGUUUUAAAAAAGCAUAUCUUGGAAAUACAUUUUUUGAAUAAAAACAAAGCACAUUCAUGUUUAAAUGGAUGAUACAAAAUAACAAAAGUGGACUUACCUAGGGUUUAAUUUUUUUUUCUUUGAAAAUCUGUUUGCUUAUGCUCUUUGCAAGAUAUUACAAGUGAUAAACAUCAUUGAUGUCUGCAUAUCAUUCCUCUUACAAUAGACCAGAGCAGCCUUUUAACUCACAGGGUUUGGAUUGUGCUCUCAGCAUCAUGAGAUUACUCCAACGAGCCGUGGUGUGUGUGUGAAUAAUUUUCAUCCGGGGAUUUAUCCAAGCAGUGCUGGAAAACUACAGAUGUGCUCAAACUGCAGCAGCAGAACCCAUGGAGGCUGGCAGACCCUCAUCUCGUGCUGCCGUUCCGGAGGUCGCGUUUGCUGGCGGCGGUCCAAGAGAGAGCGUUAAAAAACGCGCCGUGAGCAGAGUACCAAACGCCUACAAGGUGAAGAGAAAGUCCUGGUGAAUAGCAACCCACCAUGGAAAUAUCCUCCUGGAAAGCUGAACAAUGUAGCAAUGAUAAACUUAAACUAUAUGAAUGCAUCAAAACACUUUUCAGUCUCAUGCAUAAAAUGAAUAACUGUGAUUAAAAAACAUUUCCAUUUUA